CACGUAACCUACAAUAAAGGGCCUUGACCCACACUGGUGAGAAUGGAGGUCAUUCGCUGUGAUGCGACCGCUCAUCUGACCAUUGAUUCCGUAUUUUCUCACGUUUAUAUUCUACAAUGUACUAAUAAACAAUUCAGAACGGAGCUUCCCGUCUUUCUCCCCAAGUCCUCUUUUCCUCAACUAGUCCUCGCCAGCUUCAGCGUCGACGACCACGAUGGUCCCGUACUUCAUCAAGAACCUGAUUCCGGAACGCGAAGCGAGGCAGAAUGCGCGGCCGCUACUGACAGUCCUCAAGGGCUUGUCUUGGCUGGCUUGGGCUCAGUUUUUCAUUGGUUGGCUAGCUUGGACUUGCGAUGCGAUCGACUUCUUCUCCGUUUCACUCAGCGUACCGAGUCUCGGCAAAACAUUCAAUAAAAAGAACCCAGACAUCACAACAGCUAUUACUCUCACUCUCCUUUUGCGCUCUGCAGGUGCUGUUAUAUUCGGAUUCAUAUCCGACCGUUAUGGACGUAAAUGGCCCCUCGUCUUCAACCUCGUCCUUGUCGCCAUCCUCGAACUAGGUGCCGGCUUCGUCCAAACCUUCAAGCAAUUCCUAGCUGUCCGCUCACUCUUUGGAAUCGGAAUGGGUGGAAUUUGGGGUCUCGCCGCUUCUACUGCUCUCGAAAACUUACCCGUUGAAGCUCGUGGUAUCGCAUCAGGUGUUCUCCAACAAGGUUACGCCGUCGGGUACCUCUUUGCCGCUUGUAUCAAUCUCAAACUUGUUCCUGAUGCCUCGCCCAAUCUUGACGGUGAAGGGUGGCGAAGCUUGUUCUGGUGUGCAGCGGGAAUCAGUUUCUUUGCCGCUAUCGUUCGAGCUGUCAUUCCCGAGUCUGAAGUCUUCUUGAAAGCUAGGGCGGAGGCCAGAGCGAGGGAACGUGCCAGUGGUUUGACCACAAAAAACAAGACCAAGAUCUUCAUGAAGGAGACAGGCAGAAUGUUGAAGAAGCAUUGGAGAUUGUGCAUUUACGCCGUGUUGUUGAUGACUGGUUUUAAUUUCCUCAGUCAUGGUUCCCAGGACCUUUUCCCCACUUACAUGCAAGACACGAAAGGUUUCGACUCGAAUCAUGCCACUAUCGCCACCAUCAUCGGGAACUGUGGUGCCAUCGCUGGAGGUACCAUCGCCGGAUGGGGUUCGCAAUACAUUGGGCGUCGAUUGACAAUCAUCAUCUGCGUUCUUCUUGUUGGUGCCUUUAUCCCACUUUGGAUUCUCCCCAAUACCUUCUCAGGCCUUGCCGCUGGUGCCUUUUGCAUCCAAUUCGGUGUCCAAGGGGCAUGGGGUGUCAUCCCGAUUCAGUUGGCAGAGAUGUCUCCUCCUGCGUUCAGAGCUACGUUCCCCGGUGUGGCGUAUCAAGUGGGCAACAUGGUCAGUAGUGCCAGUGCACAGAUUGAGGCUACUGGAGGCGAACACCAGCGAACAACACUCAUCGAUCGUAUCACAGGGAAACCGAAAGAUGCACCCGAUUACGCCAAGGUCCAAGGCAUCCUCAUCGGAGUUGUUGCCGCGUACAUUUUAAUCGUGACUAUUCUGGGACCUGAAAAUCACGGAAAACACUUUGAAAAGUAUAAAGCCGCCUUUGAGGAAGGUGCUGGGAAUGACGAGGAAAUGGACGAGGAUGCUAUUCGGGAAGGGAUUAGGAGGCGGGGUGAAGAGGAUUCGUCUUCUUCUGGUGAAGGGAAAGGGGAGAAGGACUGAGAGAUGGGCGGCUACCCUGAUUUAUUUCCUAAUCUUCGAUACCUGUCUUCCUUACGAUUGUUGAUGUCUUCUAUUGAUACCGCGCCCAUAAUCCAGAUACAUAUUGUCUAUGAAAUAUCAAAUAUUGAUACCAAUACUGUCUAAUGUCCGCAUGUACGACAUAGUUCAUGAAAAGACCCUAGCAACCACGAAGAGAAGAACAAGAAUCAGCCCUCUCCCAAAUAACCCCAACCCAACCCGGACUCGCACCGCACCAUUCUUGAAUUGCCUCCCAGAUGAAAUAGGAACAGUAGGGGAAGGAACGGCACCUCCUGUUGUAUACGCCCUCACAUGAUUGAUCUCAAAAUACGCGUUAUCGUACUUUGGUGAACCUUGUCCUACAACGUUAUCCAAGUAACACUGUGUGGGUCCUCCUUGCCCUGGCUGUCCUCCCUGGUUUGAUGUGCUUCCGCCACCGCUGUUGCCGCAGGUAGGAAGAUAGUUCACCGGAUCCCCAGCCCAGAUUCCGCAUAGUGUAAUAUCAAGCACGAGAUUCUGGGGUGAAAAGAACUGGGGAAUGUUACACGAUUUCGAGGGGUAACUUGCAGACGGAGGACCCCAGUCUGACAACGAGAGAGAGGGUGAAUUCGAGGAUUGGAGAAGGGAAGACGGGAUGGAUGAGCGGGGGAAGAACCAGAUGCUAUCCCCGUAACAUCAAACUGUGUUGCAUAAACCCCUCCACCAGCUACUGCAAAUCCGGGACCAUAGCUGUUCCCAGAGGCUUCCAUGACCGUGCACCCAGAAGGAACAGAACAAUCCACUUCCCUCGUGGUACCCUUUUGUGGCGAGGGUGAGUGUACACAUCCUGGAAGGGUAUGUAAAGCGUAUUGGUUCGUCUGCAUCCCGUUUAUACCCUCCAUAAUGUCUAUUUCUCCAUUAUCAGGCCACACCGGUCCUUUCGUCCAAAACGCCGGCCAAACGGAACAUCCAUAAGGUAUAUGAAGAAGAUCAAUCACCCAAAGAGACCCAACGCCAUAAGCAUGUUUCGAAGUGAUCCUGACUGAGUUUCGUUUUGUGUUAAAUGGGACGAAAGCGCUGUUGUCGAUUUUGAGGAUCGAGGUUCCGGUGGGGGUGGUGGAUACUAAACGCUGAGAGAACGCGUCUUCCCUGUUUAGCCACCAGACGUCACCUAAUGUUAGGUUAUCCCAGCUACCGUAGAAGUCC